UACAACAAAUGCUGCAUGGAGCCCUGUGAACUUGCUCUAGCAUUUCAGAAAAGCUGCAUAAAGCACACUCACUGGAGAAGUGCCAGUUUGAAGACAGCCUGACAAAGGAAAGGUUUGGACCAAAGGCUAGUCAAUUUCUAGAGCGAACUAACUAACUCCCCACUCUUUGACUUUGGUCAAGAGUUGCGCUGGCCUUGCCACCACCGCUGUCAGCAACAUUUAGACUAACUCAGGGGAAAGCAGCUGGACUUUUCCUGCCUCCAGGAAGAAUGCCAACUGUGGAUGACAUUCUAGAGCAUAUAGGGGAUUUUCACUUUUUCCAGAAACAAACAUUUUUCCUCUUAGCUCUGCUCUCAGCGGCCUUCACCCCUAUCUACGUGGGCAUCAUCUUCCUGGAGUUCACCCCGGACCACCGCUGCCUGAGCCCCGGGGUGGCCGAGCUGAGCCAGCGGUGUGGUUGGAGUCUGGGAGAGGAACUGAACUACACGGUGCCCGGCCACGGGGAUAUGGGUGGAGCCUUCGCCCGCCAGUGCAGGAGGUACGAGGUGGACUGGAACCAGAGCGCGCUGGGCUGCGUCGACACGCUGGCCGGACAGGAAGUCAACAGGAGCCUCCUGCCGCUGGCCCCCUGUCAGCAUGGCUGGGUGUACGACUCGCACGGCUCCUCCAUCGUGACUGAGUUUAACCUCGUGUGUUCCAACUCCUGGAAGCUGGACCUGUUUCAGUCAGGAGUGAACGUAGGAUUUUUUAUCGGUUCUGUGGGUAUCGGCUACAUAGCAGACAGAACCUCUGUGUGUGAUCUUGCACACAUUGAAUGCUUCUGAGAUAAGGUCGAGCAAAAGGAGUAACACACCAUCAUUUUUUAAAGUACUAAACUAACUGUAAUUGUGGUGAAGAAAAGAAUCAACACCUGAUUCUUUGUUGAGGCUCAAGGAAGAUUUUGAAACCCGCUUCCAGGCAUGGUUAUUGAUGUAGAACUGACCAGAAGGGAAUGGUAAGUCCUUUCUUUCCUUUUUUCUUUCUUUUGGAUCUGACUCUGUAAUUUUCUCAAGUGAUUUCAGUUUACAAAAUCACUUAAUUCCAAUAACUUCUCCUUAAAGUAUUUUUGGUUCUUUACACCUAAUUUGGUCUAAUGUUAUUACUUUUGCACUGGUGUUCUUCAUUUGGAUUUUGGGAUUGUACUUGAUUGGUUAGUUGGGUGAGUCUUCUUAAUCUAAUUUUCAUGGGAGUCUGUGACCCCAAAAUGUUGUUUAGUGUGGCCCCUAACUUGUAGGUUAUAACUAUAAAAGAGAGUAAAUUGUAUUUAUAUUGAUAAUUAGGUCAUCACAAAUCAGACAUUAUUGACUAUACCAUAAAGAUCAAAAUAUUUAAUUAAGUAACAACCUAAGGAGCUUUAUGAUUUUAAGAUAAGUUUUGUCACACUUAUAGGGGACAGCAUCUAAAACAUGCUAAAGCCCAAUUUCUCUUAUGUGCAAACUUUUGCAUGUGAUGCAUAUCCCCUGUGAACUGGAGUAAUUCAGUGCCAAAGUAAUAGUAACAGUUAGUAGGCAACAAAAUACAGAGUUCAAUUUUAUUU